AUGGCCCGAUCCGGCCGCCCACCCUCCAUGUCGAGCCAAAAUGCCAUCCGUUGUCUGGUAGACGACACCGCCUUGACCAGAAACUUCGCAGAGAUCGAAACCUGGGUCGCUCAGGGCAGGAUUAUUUUGGUGGUGCCUCUCUACACCAUCGAGCGCCUACACCUGCUGAAGAAAGACUCUUCGCAGAUUGGUGCCAACGCACGCAAAGCGGUCAAGUUCCUCGACCGGUAUACCUCCUCCCGCGGUGACUUGCGACACGAUCCUAUAAUCUUGCAGGGCCCCGACGAGCAAUACACAACCUGGGCCGAGGUUGAAGAGCGCUACAUCAAUGAAAAUCUGAAGACGGCCGGGACGAAUGAAGAGGAAUCCACACUAUCUGCCAUGGACAAGGAACAAGAGAAGGAUGCCGAACUUCCCUUGAAGGAACGUACUGGAGCCGGAGGCACGCUGUCGCAAAUGUUGUUGGAUAGACUAAACUUCACCAAAGAGGCGGCCGCCGCGUCGCCCACUUCGACACCGCCCUUGUCUCCCGCUUCCUCUGGCCCGCAGAGCUCCAAAACCAGUCCCGAGGUGAAGUCGGCGGUCAUGAUCGCACACGAUCAGACCCCUGUGCCGCCAUCGCUGAAGCCACUGCUGAAUUCGGUGGUGUGGUAUGUCCACGAGAAGAAGUUGCCGCCCAAUGAGAGUGUGGUUUUCCUCACCAACUCUGCCGACACUAUGCAUUUGGCGCGAGACUUUGGAGUUCCGACCAAGAACAUCCACCAAUUGAGGAGCACUCUCGGACUGGAAGAUGGCGAAGUCAGCGCUCAGGAAACUCCGAAGCGGGAGGUGAUGAAGCGAGGCUCCCGCCCCGAGGCAAAGACGCUGUUCAGUUAUGAGGAUGAAGACAGCGACGAAGAGGAGGUGGUUUUCAAACCACGCGGUCGGGGCCCGGCCCGAGGAGCACAGUCUUCUCGAGGGUCGGCCACCGGCUCUUUGCGUGGCAAAGGGGGCCACGCUCGUUCCCCUGGCGUUUCGUUCAGUACACCCGCUCAACCUGCACAAGCCAAGCCUCAAAUCCCUGUCGACGAGAUCGACCCGGACUCGUUCGACCGCGGAAGCUUUGGGCGAGGCAGCACUCCUCUGGUCAACACCAGCAGUCACGGUCAUAGUCACAGCCACAGUCACAGUCACAACCACACCCAAUUCAACAGUGGUCGUGGUUCGGGACAUCGUGGGAAUCACAGUCAGGGGGGAGGCCGUGGGACCAACCACAGCCGUGGCUCUGGUCGUGGAAUCGAACGUGGAUCGACCCGCGGGAGAGGUCGAUUGUUUGUGCCAUGA